AUGACUUUGCUUAUGGAUCAUUCAUUGAGUCCAUCUAUGACGCGAGGGCCAGGGUAUAAUGGGGCUACUAAUAUGAAGGGUGAAAUAAUUGGUCUUAAAACUUUGAUUAUGAAUGAUACUCCUAAAGCCUACUACGUACAUUAUUUUGCUCAUCAACUUCAAUUAACUCUAGUAGUCGUUGCUAAAAAGAAUGAUAGUCGUGGUUGGCUCUUUGAGAUACUUGCAAACUUGUUGAAUAUAGUUGGAGUUUCUUGUAAAAGGAGAGAAAUGACUCGAGAAAUUCAAGCUAAAAAAGUUGCUCAAGCCUUGAAUUUGGAACUCGAGAGUGGGUCGAGAUUGAAUCAAGAACUUGGUUUGAAAAGUCCUGAGGAUACUCAUUGGGAUUCUUAUUACAAAAUUCUUAUAAAUAUAAUCUACUUGUUUCCUACCGUUGUUGAGCUUGUUGAAACGAAUAGGCAUAAGACUUAUCCACUAAUAUUUUGGCUUAUCAAGUUGAUUUUGAUUCUUCCUGUUGCUAUCGCAAGUGUAGAAAGAGUAAAAAUGACAUAUGUUAAAAGUAAGUUGCGAUAUAGCAUGGGUGAGCAACUAUUAAAUGAUUCUUUGGUUACUUUCAUAGAAAGGGAUGUGUUCCUACAAGUUCCCGAUGAAGAUAUCGAUUAA